AUGUCCACUCUACUGCUCUUGCAGAGACUGGCUCUGCUGCCUUCCUUCUGUGAGGGACAGCAGAACCAGGUCAUCCACGCAGAACAAACUCUUGAUUUGAGUGUGCUGUAUCAUCUCUUUGAGGAGUACAGCAGUGUGGGCUCGAUCACUGUCAUGGAUGUGUUUCUGGGUAUCGUGUGUUUUCUGGUGGUGUCGUUGGGCGGUAUCGUGGUGGGUGCCAUCUACGGCAUCCUGGCAGCCUUCACGUCCCGCUUCACCUCGCACACGCGCGUCAUCGAGCCUCUGUUCGUCUUCGUCUACAGCUACAUGGCUUACCUGUCAGCGGAGGUGUUUCAUUUGUCCGGCAUCAUGGCGUAA